UAAAAUAGAAAUCUUAAUAUAAUAGUAAAUUAUUUUCUUUUAUCUAUGACUAUGAAUAGAAAUAAUAAAUUGAUAAUUAAUCAUCAUCAUUCAUGUAAAAUUAGUAUUUUUAGUGAUUUAAAAUUCGUUUGUUGAUGCAUGUCGUGAAGACUUUGUGGUUAUUAAAUUAUAAAUAAUUCCUAUUACUUUACAUAUAGGUAUUUAAAUAAAAAAUAUAAAAAUGAUAACUAUAUUGUAUAACUAGUAUAGUUAAUAGAAAUAAAAAAACAAACUCUGACGAUAAUUAGUUGCUCUCAUUUUGGAUCUGAAUUCCUAUCCUAUUCCGAUCUGAUAUUUUUUAUUAGAAACUAUGGAUAAAAUAGAUGAAGUAAUAGAUCUAAAAUCCAUAACAGACACCACUUUAAAUAAUGAAUCACCAAGUGUGGAACAUGUUAAACAAGAAAAUGUUUCAGAAGAAAUUAUAGAUCGAGUAAUAUCAGAUAAUAAGUUAGAACUCCCAACAGAUACUGCUCUAAAUAAUGAAUCAAUAAGUAUAGAACAUGGUAAUCAAGAAAAUAUUUCAGAACAAAUUAUAAAUGGAGUAUUACCAGAUGAUAAGUUAGAACUACUGAAGAAGGCCCAGUUUAAGGUCUAUACAUGUGAUUUAUGUGACUUUCAAUCACAAUAUAGUUCAAGUCUUAGCAAGCACAAGAAACUUCACUUGGCACCGGAAGAACGACGGAUGUUUGCUUGUGUCCACUGUGACAAAAAAUAUAAGAGAAGAGCCGGAUUAAAUUAUCAUCUUGAGUCUAAUCAUUCUAGGUUGAAAAAACCGGAGCAAAAGCUCUACAGUUGUUCCAAAUGUGAUUACCAAUCACAACUAAUGCAACACCUUAGAAAUCAUGAAAAAGUUCACUUGGCCCAUGAGGAACGACAGCUGUUUGCUUGUAUGCAUUGUAGCAAAAAAUAUAUGACAAGAUACGGGUUAGAUUAUCACCUUGAUACUAAUCAUAAGAAUUUCAGGUCGAAGGAAGUGCAGAAAAAGUUCUAUAAAUGUACCAUAUGUAACUAUCGAACACCGCAUAACUUAAAUCUUAACAAACACAUGGUAGUUCACUUGGCACCUGAAGAACGAAAUUUGUUUGGUUGUGCACAUUGUGGCAAGAAAUAUGUGCAAAAAUCCACUUUAAUAUGUCACAUCGAGCGAUAUCAUUCCAGGGAUAAUUCCAGACACAAGAAAAAAGUUAAACCGGUACCACCAGAAGAACGCCAAUGUUUUAUCUGUGCACACUGUGAGAAAAAAUAUAUGAGUAGAAGAGCCAUACGACACCACCUUAAGUAUAAUCAUCUUAAUACCAGGGCGAAGGAAUUGCUUGAAUCACAGAAAAAAGUCUAUAGAUGUUCCAUGUGUAGCUUCCAAACACGAUGUAGGGCAGUCUUUAGUACACACAUGAACAUUCAUUUGGCCCCAGAAGAACGACAGUGGUUUCGUUGUGAACAGUGUGACACGAAGUAUUUGAACAAAGCCGCACUAAAUCGUCACCUCAAGCAUCAUCGUAUUGAUUCCAGAAAUGCUGAUAGUAAAUCUCUAACUGACGAAGUGAUAUUAGAUUCUUUAAAAAUAGAAAUUGAAGAUCAUAUCCCGCUUUUCGAUGACUCUAAAAAUGCUGAAUGUCCGGCUGUGAUUAAUGAAGUAAAAUUAGAAGAUUUAAAAAUAGAGCCUGAUGAAGUCGCUUCGAUUCUUAAUGAAGACAUGCACGAUGACUUUAAAAAUACCGAAAAUUUAUCUGCAACUAAGAAAGUGAAGUUAGAAAAUUUUAUAGAAAUGGAACCUGACGAUGAAAAAAAUUGAAAACAACACUUUUGUUUAGUUGUCAUAUGUAAACUUUUACGUUUUUAAGCUGUAUAUAAUAUUUGUAGCUGUAAUAUUUCCAAAAAAUAUGCCCUGUAAUGUAGAGGUUCAGCUCUUGUCUACCAAUUUAAAAGUUAUGG